AUGGUAUCACGCCAGUUCCCUGCUUACAAAGACGUUGACGUUGAACUCGAGGUUCAAGCCGAAUCUCAAGAUUUCGAAAAUCCGGACUCUCCGCUUCCGCUACUGGACGACAACGACGACGCCAUCAGACAAUCCACGAGAGCGAGGAUAAAUCCUGAAAGCAUCAUGGAAAACGCACCCAAAUGGAUGCAGACCGCACAACCAUGGAGCUACUCCUUGUCGCAGAGGAUCAUUUCAGCACUUCGUCCACGACUCACUAUAGGAUACCUGUCGUGUGUUCUCAUCGGGCUCUAUGUCCUCUACUGUAUCCUCAUUCAGUCACCGCUCCUUGCAUCAAGGUUACAAAAAUACUCGGGGCCUUUUGGAGUUGGCGCAAUUGACAUUGAGGUACCCGUCCGCACCCCUCGCAACACGAGCGACUCAGCCUUCAUCAGCAACGGCAAACCCGCGUUCACUCUCGAGACAGUGCUUUUUACCCUGUACUAUCCAGCCGAGAAGGGUGUUAGGGCAACAGGCCGUCACUAUUGGAUCCCAAAGCCCAUAAGCCUCACGGCGGAGGGGUACGCCAAGGCUGCUCACUUCAACAACUUUAUUUCGCGACCCAUCUUCACUUUUGCACUGUGGGCUUUGGUUGGGAGCAUCAGGAUUCCCGCCCAGGUUGAUGUGCCACUUCUUCCUCCGACAAGUAGGAAGGGAGAGGAGAAGCUCCCCGUCAUGGUGUUGUCUCACGGCCUAGCCAGUUCCCGGACGGGUUACACGGACUACUGCGGCCAACUCGCGAGCCGCGGAGUCGUUGUCGCCGCUAUCGAACAUCGCGAUAGGAGUGGUCCUGGCUCGGUAGUCACAGCCAAAGACGGCAAGAAGCACAACAUCAUGUACCUGAACAAGAACGAAAUCAAGGGCGGUAAGGAGAUGAAAUCUGACGAUUUCAAGUCCAAGCAGCUGGACUUCCGACAGGCCGAGAUUGAAGAGGCCAUUGCGGUAUUGCAGUCGUUGCACGCAGGCAAAGGAACGACUGUUUUUAAAGACAAUGCCCGUAAAGAAGGUCGCGGCCUGGCGGAAUGGAGGAACAGGCUCGACUUCUCUCAAACCAUCAUCACGGGACACUCCUUUGGCGCAACGGGCGUUCUUCGGGCCCUAAAGAGAGCUACGUCAAAAGAGAACCCGGCCGUGGGAGGUAUCGUUCUCGACCCGGGAAAAGGCAGCGGUCGACUCAACACCGACAUUGAUGUGCCCCUCCUCAUCAUCCACUCGGAGUCCUGGUCCAAGCAGAGCACGCCGUUCUUUGGCCGGCCGCACUUUGACACGGUCAGGGACAUCGCGAGGGACGUACUCAAGCGCGUGGGCUCGAGUUGGUUCCUGACCAGCCUGAAGACAGGCCAUCCCAGCAUUACCGAUGCGCCGCUCAUUGAGCCUUUGUUACUAAGCUGGGCCACGGGUGCUACGAUUGAUGUCCGUCAGGGGGUGGAAGAGUAUGUUAGGGUUUCCAUGGAGUUUAUGAACUUUUUGAAAAAUGACAAGAGGGACGGUGUCUUAUCGGAGGGUGUAACGCAUGAGGUGUACGGGAAAAACACUAUGACGGAUGAACAGAGGGCAAGGGUACCCAAGGAGACGACAAAGUAUUGGCAGAUUCACGUUGCGCCGCCGCGUGAAGAUUGA